CUGUCCUUUUUAGAAACUGUAAGAACAGCUCCUCCACAGGGACAGCCUCUACCUCCAGAUUAUGGUCCGCCACCCUAUGAGGGCCCCCAGCCUGGAUUUCUACCCCCACAUGUUCCUGGAGAAGGACCCAUGCCCAUGCCCAUGCCCCCUCCAAUUCAAGGUGGCCCUUACCCACCACCACCUGGUCACUUUGCUUACCCAAUGCCAGGACAGAUGGGUCCCGGUCCCAGUCACUUUGUCCACAUGGGGGGUCACACAGCGACCGUCCUGGCUCCCCCCGGUGCAGCCACCACGGUGACAGUACUACAGGGGGAGAUGUUCCAGACUUCACCGGUGCAGACUGUGUGUCCACACUGCCAGCAGGCAAUCGUCACCCGCAUCUCCCACGAUGUCGGCCUCAUGAACACACUCUUCUGUCUCUUCUGCUUCUUUGUAGGGUGUGAUCUGGGCUGCUGCUUGAUUCCCUGCCUGAUCGAUGACCUCAAGGAUGUGACACAUACUUGCCCAAACUGUAAGGGCUAUAUUUACACAUACAAACGUAUAUGCUAA